CUCCAAUCGCACAACUUGCGCAUGAGAAAUUCCCCGCACACAGAGCAGCUGCUGACGUGCAACAACGUGGCAGAUACAACAGCACAGCCUGCCUUUGUCGUGCUCGCUGUUGUUACAUUACUGCAACGCUAGAGACGCCAGUCCCUCCUUUUCUCGGUUGUGCCACCCUCUACCAAACCAGCAAGAUGCCUGGAGAGAAGAUUAUCGACCUCAUCACGACGAAGCAAAACGCCAAGGAGAAGUUCAUCUCCUUUGAGUACUUCCCGCCAAAGACGGACGAUGGUGUGAAGUCGCUCAUCGACAGGAUCGGCCGCUACAAGACCCAAGAUGGCUUGUUCAUGGAUAUGACCUGGGGUGCCGGCGGCUCCACGUCAGACCUCACCCUCGACCUGUGCAUUCGCAUGAACAACGAGAUUGGGGUCGAGAGCAACAUGCACCUCACUUGCACCAACAUGGACAAGGAGAAGGUUGACAUUGCCCUUGAGGGCGCGAAGAAGGCGGGCAUCCGCAACAUCGUCGCCCUGCGCGGAGGGUACCCCGAGGGCCACUGCGGGAUGAUCAAGAAGGUUGAGGACGGGCGCGAGCUGACAGAGACGGAGAAGGGACGCAUGGUCCAGAUGGACGACGGCAUCUACGUCUGCUCAGAUGAGGACUUUGAGAAGGAGAUGGACUACCUGCAGCAGAAGAUUGACGCCGGCGCGGAUCUCAUCAUCACGCAGAUGGUGUUUGACGCAGACGUGUACGAGUCGUUUGUCAAGGCGUGCCGUGCACGAGGCAUCACUGUACCCAUUGUCCCAGGCAUCAUGUGCAUCCAGAACCAGGGCGGGUUUGGGCGCAUGACCAAGUUCUGCCGCAGCCGCGUGCCGGCCUCCCUCCGCAAGCAGAUGGAAGACGCAGGGGAUGACAAGGAGGCUGUGCGACAGGUGGCGAUCAAGUUUGGUGCCGACCUCAGCCGCAAGCUGCUGGAGAUGGGUGCACCAGGCCUCCACUACUACACCCUCAACCUCGAAAAGGUUACGCUUGGCAUUCUCUCGGAGCUUGGGUUGAAGAAGUGAUGGUGAUGAUGCUCCACGUACACACGCAUGCACACGUUCAUCCCAUGCACCUUUGUCGUCUCUCUUCGGUUAAGCUGCUGUACUUGCCUGCUUUUGUUUGUCGUCAGUUCUAGUUGCCCGUUCGUUGUUUGCUCUCUGUCUCGGUCUCUCUCUUCCUCGCCUUUGUGGUUGAUCUUGUUCCCUCCUACUCCACCUGCAGCCACAAGCACAUAAUCAAUCCUGUGUCUGUGUGUGUGUGUGUGUCUGUGUCUGUGGCUGUGUGUCUGUGGCUGUGUGUGUGUGUGUCUGUAUGUGCCACACAUUUCCAUGUUCAUCCUUGUGCCUGCCUGACCCUUGCUGUUACAUUUCCAACCACAACAAUGAAGAACGAACGAGAGAA